UUUUUUUCUUUCUAUACUCAAGAAAGUCACAGAGGAAGAAAAAACAGAAAGCUGGGACAAGCACUACUCUUUCCUCUUUCUUUCACUUUCAUUUUAUGUCAGCUUUUUUUUUUUUUUAACUUUUCUUCAGUCUUACAUGUUCAUCUCUUACCAAAACGGGUCUACCUCUGCCUCCUCCCGUACCUCACAAAACUCCCAUUUAUUAACCACCAACCUGCUCACACCACACACAAGACACAGAGAGCCUGUCAACAAUUAAAUAGAUUCAUUUCAUCUCAAAUUUCACUUUUUUAAAAAACAUCUAAAUAACAGCCAUGUUUUUUUAAAAUUGCACUAUUAUGAUUUUCACCAAGCCUUUAUUCACCUUCUAAAAAAUAAGACAAUUGAACAGAUUUUUAGAUUCUUGUGGACCUUUAAAAUUGAUGUUUAUUCUAUUGGCUGGUGUUUGUAAUUGAUUGACAUGUUGGGUAGAGCAGGUUACUGUCCAGACACCUUUUUCUCUUAACAAUCUGUGGCUUAUUCGUUCAUCCCGCCUUCCCACCUGUUUUUCUGGCUGAGUGGAAAACAAAACUUUUACAGCACUGAGCUUCUUUUAAUCUCCCGCACACACUUGAUGAGGAUUGACCUAAGAACUAAAACAAACAAGUCUCAGUGUGGUGAUGCAGAAAUAGGAACUAUCCCUCCAUCUUUUUUGUGUCUUUUUUUUUUUUACAUUUUUUAUUCCUUACCCCAAAAACUACAAAUCCUCUCGACACGCCCCGCAAAGAAACUCCAAUCUCGAAUGACAAGUCCCUCAGCGUAGCGGUCGCUGAACCAACUCACGCAACACCAAAACACACAGGAAGUGAUGCCAGGAGGCAGCAGUAAGAGCGGAGGGCGGGGUCCAUCCUCGUCGCCCCUCCCCCACUCUGUGGUCCCGCCCAGCAGACCCCUGAGACCCUCACGCUACGUCCCCGUGUCGGCGGCCACGUUCUUCCUGGUCGGCUCCACUACGCUGUUCUUCUGUUUCACGUGUCCGUGGCUUUCAGAGCGUUUCUCGGUGGCCGUGCCCAUCUACAAUGGCGUCAUCUUCCUGUUCGUUUUGGCCAACUUCUGCAUGGCCACGUUCAUGGACCCCGGCAUCUUCCCCAGAGCCGAGGAGGACGAGGACAAGGAGGACGAUUUCCGUGCUCCCCUCUACAAGACGGUGGAGAUCAGAGGGAUCCAGGUCAGGAUGAAGUGGUGUUCGACGUGCCGCUUCUACAGGCCGCCACGGUGCUCCCACUGCUCCGUCUGUGACAACUGUGUGGAGGAUUUCGACCACCACUGUCCGUGGGUGAACAACUGCAUCGGCAGGAGGAACUACCGCUACUUCUUCCUCUUCCUCCUGUCACUGACGGCACAUAUCAUGGCCGUGUUUGGCUUCGGCCUGCUCUUCAUCCUCUACCACCGGCAGAACAUCGACCGCCUGCACGCCAUCGUCACGCUGGCUGUAAUGUGUGUGGCAGGUCUGUUCUUCAUCCCUGUAGCCGGCCUCACUGGCUUCCACAUAGUGCUUGUGGCCAGAGGCAGGACCACUAAUGAGCAGGUAACAGGAAAGUUCAGAGGGGGUGUUAACCCUUUCACCAACGGCUGUUGGAAGAACGUCUCUCAUGUCCUCUGCAGUUCACAAGCGCCCAGGUAUCUGGGCAGGAAGAAGUGUGUGCAGAGUGUGUGUGUGCAGCCUCCUUUUCUGCGGCCACAGCUGACCGAAGCCCAGCUGGCUGCAAAGAUCCUGGACAACGGCAUACAGGGAGACCUGCACAGGUCCAAGUCCAGUCUGGAGAUGAUGGAGAGCCAGUCAUGUGACGCUGAGCCUCCUCCUCCUCCUAAACCUGAGCUCCGCUACCCUGGAAUCACCAGAGGGAACACGGAGGAGUGCAGUCUGCUGAACAAAGCCCCCCCCACCCCCACCAUGUACAAGUACAGGCCCAGCUACAGCCCUGGCAAGAACCACACAGCGCUCACACACGCUUACGCCAACCAGUUAAGUCGAGGGGAGAGUGUUGGCAGUGCCAGGGACUCCUCUUCCUCCACCUCCUCUCUCCUCCAGGCCAGCCAGCAGCCUGGUUUCCGCUCGCAGCCCAGCCUGGACCGCAGGGACACUUCAUCUGACAGGGUAGCAGGUGGGGGAGGAGGGGUAGGAGGAGGAGGGGAGAGGAGGGAGGGAGGGAGAGAGGUGGGGGGAGGGGGCAUCCCCGGCUACUCCCUCGGCGGGCGCUCGUACCCCUCCUUCUCCGACCCCACCGUCCUAUCAGGAGUGGCGUCGCGGUCUUCCAGCUCCACGCACACCUCAGCGGGCACCACCCAUGUCUCCGAGGCGACCAUCACCUCGGCCAGCUUCAAGAGCUUAGCCAAUCAGACGCCGCCACCACACCACCCUUCCCGCAACGGAAGCCUAUCAUAUGAUAACUUACUGGCGGGCAGCGAAGAUUUCGACAAAGCGGUGGCAGCAGGUCCGGUAGCUCCUGAGGUUUCCUCCGGGAGACCCUGCACACCGGCGGCGGGCGGCUACACCUCCCCCUUCAUGUCGUCACAGCAGAGAGAUGCCGACAUACACUCCCAGUCUUCCCAGUCCCCCCAUCACCACCACCACCGUUCCUCCCACCACCACCAUCACCCCUUCCUCCACCGCUCCUCCUCCUCCACGUCCUCCUCCCCACCGCCUCCCCCCGAGAGGGAGCGCCUACUGGGAGAGCCCCACCCGGGCAGUCACCCCCAGCCCGCCGGCCAGGGCUCCGCUCCGCCCCCUUCCUCCGCCCCUCCCCCACCGCACCACCACCACCACCACUCCCAUCACCACCACCACCAUUCCCAUCACCACCACCACCACUCCUCCUCCUCCUCUACCGCCUCACGACCUCCCCGCUUUGCAGCGCCACACGCCCCACCCCACCACGCCUACCCCUACCGCACCCGCUCCACCGACACCCCCCUGGGCUCCUCCUCCACCUCGACGACCCACCCUCCCCGCUCCCCGCACCCCCCGCCUCUGGGCAAGUCGCUGUCUUACUCGAGCGCAGCUGCCGCUGAAAUGCAGUACCGGCUGGUCCGAAAGGCCUCGGCGUCAGCCGGAGCCAAUGCAGCAGGGGUGGGAGGAGGAGGUGGAGGGAUGGGAGGAGGAGGAGGAAUACAAGCACCGAAGGAUGAGCUGAUCCAGAUGAAACCUCUGAGUCAGACUAACGGCGGCCAGCCCUUCUCCUCCUCUUCCUCCUCCUGCUCCACCCCUUCCUCUCCCUCCCACCCAAUCAGCGUGACCGCCCGGCCCGGAGUGGCUUACCCCAGCUCGGCACUGACGCAGAGUCCCGCCCACAAGCCUCCGGGCGGCGGGGUGAAGAAGGUGACUGGCGUUGGCGGCACCACCUACGAGAUUUCCGUCUGAUCGGCAAGGCGGCUUCCGGCUUCGAGGACCAAUCAGAUAACACAAAGAUACUGCUGUCUCUUUUCUGCCUUUCCAUAGGGAACCAUUUAGGGUUUUUUUUUUUUUUUUUUUUGCUAUAAAAGAAACCACUAUCCUACUGUAGACUUCUGAGGACGAGCAAAACUAUUUCCCCCCACAUCUCACUCUUCAUUGGCCAAGCGACUGCAUAGCUUAACUGUACUGUCCCGCCUCCAGCCAUCCACCUCAUUAACUCUGCUGUUAAAAUGACAGUGAGACCUGGACCUGGACUAAUAGAAGCCAGGACUUGUUCUGUGGUUCUAAGAGGCAGUUUUCUGGAUCUGGAUCACACACUGGACCAAACAGGAACCAUAAACUGGCUCUUUUUUUUGUGGGUUUUCUCCUCACUGUAGCUCAGUAGGUAGUAAGUGGCACUAGCAUGGUCAGAUUUUGGUGUUCAUGUUCUACAAGUAUAGCAGAGUAGAGUAAGGGAUUAGCACUGCCAGGGUCACUGAGGCCACCAAUCACCUCUGGAUAAGGCUCCACAUCAGGAAUUUGGGAUUGAAGCUAAAAAUUUGGUGCCAAUAUUUAAUACCUUAACGUCAUGAUCACAUUAUAUCAUUAUUGGACACUUCCAUUGAAGUAAUAUACACAUUCAUGCUCAGACUGUGGAACGCCAUCAAAAUUUAAGUAGAAUUCAUUGACAGUGAAGGGCUUGUAGCAGCCGAUAACGUAAUAACGACUCCUAACAUAAUCAUUUUGUGCAUUUUUUAAUGUUAUAAGCCGAUAACUUACCAACAACAUCAUAAAAUUAAUGAACAAAUAACGUAAUACAAUGGAAGUGUGAAACUUUAUAUCCAUUAAGUAAAACUUAACUAAAGUCAUAUUAGUAUAUUAUUACGUUAUUGGCUCCAUUUAUUACAUUUGUAAGGUUUUUUUCUUUUUUACCAGGCCAAUAACAUAAUAACCAUAAUA